CACCUGGUGCAGGCCAUGCGCUUUGCGGUGUCCGAGGUCAACCGGGCCACCGACCUCUUGCCCAACGUCACUUUGGGCUACGAGAUCUACGACGCCUGCGGCCCUUUGGCCAACCUCUACGCCACCCUGAGACUCCUGUCCGAAGCUGACCGGGCGGGCAGAGUGGCCGUCCCCGUGGCCGCCAACUACACCUUCUACCGGCCCCGGUCCCUGGCCGCCAUCGGGCCCGACUCCAGCCAGGAGGCCCUCACCACCGCCAUCCUCCUCGGAGCCUUCCUUGUACCGGAGGUGAGCUACGAGGCCACCAGCCCGACGUUGAGCCAGAGGCGGGAUUUCCCUUCUUUCCUGCGGACGGUGCCCAGUGACCGGCUCCAGGUGGAGGCGCUGGUGCUGCUGCUGUCGUCCUUGGGCUGGACGUGGGUGGGGCUGGUGGGCAGCGACAACGACUACGGCCGGCAGGGCCUGCGGAUGCUGCAGGAGGUGGCCCCGCGGCACGGAAUAUGCUUCGCGUAUCAAGGCUUCCUCCCGGCGAGCGGCGCGGAUACCGAGCUGGUCGGGAUCGUGCGGGACGUGUCGUCCUGCGGAGCCAACGUGGCCGUCGUCUUCGCCAACAAGAACAGCGCCCGGGCCUUCAUGGAGGAAGCCGUCCGGCAGAACGUCACCGGGAAGGUCUGGGUGGGCACCGAGGACUGGUCGCUCUCCACCGAGGUCUGGUCCGUGGGCGGCGUCUCGGGUGUCGGGACAGUCCUCGGGGUCUCCGUCGAGCAGGCCCACCUCCCCGGGAUGCAGGACUUCGAAGCCGUCUCUGCCACGUCGGAAACGGAAGACUCCCAGCCUGCGGGAUGCAGCCGGACGGAUGCAGCAGUGUCCCGUAACGAAGGGGAAAUGUGCAGCCAGGCGUGUUCGCGCCUGCGCAGGCCGAAGUCGCUGACCGACUGGGAGAUGUCGCCGCACGACAUACAAGGGGCCUUUAGCGUGUAUUCAGCCGUCUAUGCGGUCGCCCACGGAUUGCACCGCUUGCUGGGGUGCCACACGGGACCGUGCCGGAAACAGACCGUCUAUCCGUGGCAGCUCCUGAGGGAAGUCCGUGAGGUGGACUUCAACCUCUCCCACCGGCGGGUCCGCUUCGACGAGAACGGGGACACCGCGGCCGGCUACGACUUGGUCCAGUGGGUCUGGGAGGGGCAGGAGUGGGGCUACCGGGUCAUCGGGUCCUUCGAGCAGCCGGACCGCCUGGACCUCGACCAGGAGAAGAUCCGGUGGCACACGCAGGACAACCAGGUCCCCACGUCGGUUUGCUCCAGAGACUGUGGGGCCGGGGAGCAGAAGGUCCCACAAGGCACCCACCGCUGCUGCUUCCACUGCGUGGCCUGUCUCCCGGGGACCUUCUUGAACCGAAAUGACCUCUACACGUGCCAGAAGUGCCGGAGGGAGGAGUGGUCCCCGUCCGGGAGCGAGUCGUGCUUCCCCCGCGAGACGGUCUUCCUGCCCUUCUCCGACCCGGUCUCUCUGGCCCUGCUGACCGCGGCCUGCUUGCUCCUCUCCUUGUUGGCCUUCACGGCGGCCCUCUUUGUCCGCCACUUGGGGACGCCGGUGGUGCGGUCGGCGGGAGGCCCCUUCUCCUUGGUCAUGCUGGGCGCUCUGGCCGGGGCCACCCUCAGCGUCUACGGCUACUUCGGCCCGCCGGGGAGGCUGGGUUGCUUGCUACGGAUGCCGCUAUACAACGUCAACUUGAGCCUGUGCCUGUCCUGCAUGUUGACCCGCUCCAUCCAGAUCGCCCUCAUCUUCAAGGCCGCCGGGGGGCUCUACGACACUUGGCGCAGGGUCAAGGGUCCGGCGCUUCUCAUUGUCACCCUCACCGGACUGCAGGGGCUCAUGGUCGUCAUCUCCUUCGCCACCAACCAUCCGACCCCGCGCCGGGAUUACAGCCUUUCAGCCACGUCCAUCUUCCUUCUCUGCAGCUCGGAGGAGUCCAUCCCGGUGGUGGCCGGAGGAGUCUACAAUGGUUUCCUGGGAGUCUUCUGCUUUGGUCUGAGCUACCUCGGCAAGGACCUGCCCAGUAGCUACUCCGAGGCCAAGUGCCUGACCUUCAGCCUCAUGGUCUACUUCACCUCCUCCAUCUCGUACGUCAUCGCCAGUAGCGUCUACGUGGGGAGGUACCUGAGUGCCAUGUACGUGGCCUCCCUCCUGGUCACCCUCGGAGGGGUCUCCACCGGGUACUUCAGCCCCAAGGUCUUCCUCAUCCUCUUCCGCCCCGAGCUCAACACCAACCAGCACUUCCAAAUGUCCAUCCAGAGCUACACCAAGAGGAUCAACGCUGGAGAUUGAGGCCACGAGUCUCACCUUCAAGAUCAAGAAAACUAUAAGGAUGAAGAAGUAGACCAUGAGAAAGCUCUUGAGGAUAAA